AUGACGAUGGAGGAGCCGCCCCAACAUCCGCCGGGGGAUGGUGUCGUAAAUGGAAACGGCGCCCAAAACCAGCAACUGCAGCUUCCCUCCACCUUCCCUUCUCAACCCCCUCCGUCGCCGAUACAGCUUCGACCGUUGGAAAUGGUUCGCACGCUAAAGUUGCCAUCCCGCGCCACCGAGGAGGAGUCACCCCGCGAUAUAAUCGUCGGUGGCGACACUCCUGUUUGUCGACAGUGCCGUGAACUCAGGGCGACUUGUAAUUACCCUGUUGGAUGGAAAGAAAAAACAAAAAAACAAGUCGAAAAACUUACUGAAAAAGCCUACGAUUAUGAAAUUCUAUUGAAGGACUUGGGUACUCUUGUGGAGUCCCGUGUGGCGGACCGGAUCAAAAGCUUGCUGGACAAGCAUGGUUUGGAUGUAGACUACUCGCCCAGCAGUGCCCAAUCUCACUCUGUUACCCCUCAGGACGAGGUUCCAGAAGCGGACGAUUUCAGCUCCCCUUCAUCGAUUGGAUCCUUGGAGGCAAUCGAUCGAGUGGAGGAGGAUCUGAACCGAAAUGAAAACACGCGGGCGACUGGAUACAUGGGAAAGAAUUCUGAGGUGACCUGGAUGCAACGGCUUCAAAGAGAAGCAGAACACCGAGCGCAUGGGCUGCCAGGAUCUCUAGAGCCGGGCCAAAGCAAGCGACAAGAUGAUGAUCUCGCCCUCCACGCCGUUAACUACCAUCUCGAUGAUUUGGACAUUAAUGUUCCGGGACCUAUUGAUGUGUAUGCGGUUCCUCAACGAGAACACGCCGAUCACCUUUUCGAUGCUUAUCUGCGAACCGUCAACCCAUUUUUCCCUAUCAUUAACCGACCUCUCUUUACUGCGCAGUAUAAGACAUUUUACGAAAGUAACGCGCAACCCGGUGACAAAUGGCUUGCCAUUCUGAACAUGAUCUUUGCCAUUGGCUCGAAACACUCCCAUUUGAUUGAGGCACCAUGGCAUGGAGAUGAAAAAGAUCAUUUCUUGUAUCUGAAUCGGGCCAGGAUCCUCAGCAUGAAUGGCGAAGUUUUAUUCAGCCAUCCUGAUCUCCAGCAGGUCCAAGUAGAGGGCUUGAUCGCCUUCUACUUGCUAUCAUCAGACCAGAUCAACCGUGCAUGGAGAAUUUCUGCGUUGGCAGUUCGGUCUGCAAUCACCCUGGGUAUCAAUAUGAAAAAUAGCAGCCCUACAACACCGAGUGUUUCUAAAGAGGCUCGCUACCGAGUCUGGUGGUGUUUGUACACAUUUGAGCACCUUCUGGGAAUAAUGACCGGUCGUGCCUCCUGUAUUCUGGAUGGAAUUUGCACCACACCCCUGCCACUGCCAUUUGACGAGGACAAACUUACAGAACCAGCGGCAGCUGAAUUACUCAACGAUUCGGUCAUCCGAGAUGACCGCAUCAACAAGGUAAUGGCCAGUUCCUGGAUCCGACAUAUGCCCCUCAACCCUACUGGAGGCAAAGAGGCUACUCAUAAAAGCCGUGAACGCGACAACUCUUGGGUGAAAAGCGUUCCUGUCAGCGCUGGUCUUUGCCAUCUUUACUACUGUGAUCUGGCUGUCGUCGUGCAAGAAAUUGUGAACAAAGUGUAUUCGGUGGAUUGUGUAAUGGUACCCUGGACACACAUCGAGAAUCGAAUCGGCGAGCUGAGGUGUCGAAUCGAUCUUUGGUACCACAGUCUUCCGACUGCACUCGACUUCACCAAGAAGGAAGAUGAAGGCGCCGACCGACUUCGUUACAAACUAGCCCUGGCAUUCCACUACUACAGUGCACGAAUUACAUUGGGACGCCCAUGUCUCUGCCGGCGUGACGCACAGAAGAAAAGCCCUGCGGAAAGAUCAGCCUUCAGCCAUGACAUGGCAGAGCUGACCCUAGAGUCUGCCCACCUCAUGCUCGAUCUUAUUCCCGAGGAGCCCAAUGCUAUUCAACUGUAUGAAGUUGCUCCGUGGUGGUGCAUCUUGCACUACCUCAUGCAAGCCGCAACGGUCCUCCUACUCGAGCUCGCUUUUGGAUGUGUCCACAUGCCAGAGGAAGAGCAGAACUUCAUUGCCUUAUCCAAAAAAGCCAUCCGAUGGCUCUUCGCCAUGUCCCAGUACAGUGUCGCCUCACGACGCGCAUGGCAGCUGUGUGACAUCUCUUUGCGUCGUCUGGCUGUCGGCAUGAAGUUUGACAUCAGCGACAUGCCUUCUCACCCCUACCAAAACGCACCUGCUUCCACACUUUCCCUCGAAAACCCACAGCCCUCUACCGAGGAUAUCACCCCCUCAACAUCAGGUCUUUGGAAUCCACACUUCGAAGACUUGUCUUUGGUCAAUCACCCACCCGCCGAGUUCGGCGUGGACCAUGCAAACAAUCAUCUGGGUUACACGGAGAUGCAACCGUCCGAUCUCAUGUCCUCAUACACAGGCGAUGCUCAAAUGACGGACGAUUUAUACUUCCCAUAUGACCCCAUCAGUGGCGAAUUUAUUCGCUCUUUCUUUCCUUAUUCGAAUGAAGAUCAUCAUUGGGAUCAGUAUUGA